AUGUACAUCAAGCAGAUUAUCAUCCAGGGCUUUAAGAGUUACAAAGAACAAACCGUCAUCGAACCGUUUUCGCCCAAGACAAAUGUUAUAGUUGGUCGCAAUGGCUCAGGCAAGAGUAACUUCUUCGCAGCUAUUCGAUUCGUUCUCAGCGAUGCAUACAGUCAAAUGGGUCGCGAAGAGCGACAAGCUUUGUUGCAUGAGGGCUCGGGUUCGGCGGUAAUGUCCGCUUAUGUUGAGAUCAUAUUCGACAAUAGCGACGACAGAUUCCCAACUGGAAAGGAGGAGCUUAUUCUGCGAAGAACGAUCGGCCUCAAGAAGGAUGAAUACUCACUGGAUCGCAAAAAUGCCACGAAAACGGAUGUCAUGAACCUUUUGGAAUCGGCUGGUUUCUCGAGGUCGAAUCCAUACUACAUUGUUCCUCAAGGACGCGUCACUGCUUUGACGAAUAUGAAGGAUCCCGAAAGACUCAAUCUGUUGAAGGAGGUUGCAGGCACUCAAGUCUACGAAGCACGUCGCACGGAGUCUUUAAAGAUCAUGACUGAAACAAACAACAAGCGUGCCAAGAUUGACGAGCUUCUCGACUACAUCAAGGAGCGUCUUGCGGAACUGGAGGAAGAGAAGGAGGAGCUGCGUGGUUACCAGGAAAAGGAUAAAGAUCGCCGAUGUCUUGAAUAUGCAUUCUACCAUCGAGAACAGACGGCAUUGGCGCAAGCACUUGACGAGAUUGAAGAAGCUCGACAAGGUGGCAUGGAAGGCUCAGAUGAGCAGAGAGCGUCAUUCUUGGCUGGUGAAAAGCUCAUUCAAGAGCUGGACGCAGAAACCAAGCAACUUACUCGCCAAAUGGAGUUACUGAAGCUUGAGCGCCGUCAAUUGGACGAAGACAGACGGGAGGCCUCAAAAACCCAAGCAAAGGUUGAGUUAAAGGUUAAGAGCUUGACAGAUGGUCAAUCGGCUGCGGAGCAGGCCAGAUCCCGGCACCAACAGGAGCUCAAGGCUGUUAAGCAAGACAUUGCGUCAAAAGAAGCCGAGCUUGCGAAGAUUCUCCCAGAUUUCAAUAAUCGGAAGGCGAAGGAGUUGGAAGUUCGCAAAAAUCUCGACACCGCCGAAGCCGCAAGAACCAGACUCUACAACAAACAGGGACGGACUUCUCAAUUCAAGAACAAGGCAGAGCGGGAUGCCUGGUUGAAGGAUGAAAUCCAGAACCUCAGCACCGCUCUGGGUGAACAAAAAGCCAACCGCAUCGAUGCUUCAGAGGAAGUUAAGGCAGUUCAGACAGAAAUCAAGAGUCUGGAAGGCGAGAUUGCAGGCCUGCGCAAGCGCUUCGAAGGUUGGGGAGGCAGCAGACAAGCACUGUAUGAGGAAGUGACUACCGCUAAGGAUGGCCUGGAAAAACUUCAGGACGAACGAAAGGUUCUUCGUCGUGAGGAUGACAAGCUGGAGUCUAUGAUCGAAGAUGCACGCCAGGAGAGAAAUCGCGCCGAGAAGGAGCUUUCGCACACCAUGGACAACGCCACAUCGAGAGGUCUAGCGGCCAUUCGACGUCUCAAACAGGAACACAACGUCACUGGCGCUUAUGGUACUAUUGCUGAGCUUCUCGAUGUCCCAGAAGUCUACCGAUUGGCUGCGGAGCAGACUGCUGGAAAUAGCCUCUUCCAUUAUGUUGUUGACAAUGAAAAGACUGCGACUUUUUUUGCUGACGCUCUGUACAAGCAACGGGCUGGAAGAGUCACAAUCAUUCCUAUGGCUGAGCUCAGAACUCGCCCAACGAAGCUGCCAAAUGCAUCUGAUGCUAUUCCCUUGCUUGGCAAGCUCAAAUAUGAACCGAAGUUUGAGAAGGCGAUGAGCCAUGUCUUUGGCAAGACAGUAAUCUGUCCAUCCCUGCCUGUUGCGGCGCAAUAUGCUCGGAGCCACGGUUGUAAUGCUAUCACAACUGAUGGUGAUACUGCGAAUAGAAAAGGAGCUAUGACUGGUGGAUACAUCGAUCCCCGAAAGUCACGUCUUGAGGCGGUUCGCGCGGUCAGCAAGUGGCUCGACGAAUAUGAGUCGUUAAAGGCUCGGUCUGAUGAGAUCAGAAGAGAAGUCGAGCAGAAGGACAACGAGAUCACAAGUGCCAUUGGUGAUUUACACAAAUUACAACAGAAUCUCAGCCGAUUGGACGAAAGCUUCGACCCGCUCAAAGUCGAACUAAGAACUAAGAGCACCCAACUCGAAAAGCUGAAGGGUUCACUUGACGCCAUAAACAGUCGCAAGGAUGUCGUUGAUCAACUGAUCAGAUCUCAUGGGGAGAGCAUUUCCGCCUAUGAACUCGACUUAGCUGCCGAUUUCAAGAAGGCAUUGACAUCUCAAGAAGAGCGCCAACUCGAGCAGCUCAAUACCUCAGUCCAGGAACUGCAACAAGAAUGGAACGAGCUCAGCAAGGCUCGACGUGAGCUUGAAGGUCGCAAGCAGCUCCUCGAACUGGAUCUUCGAGAAAAUCUUCGACUGAAGUUGGAUCAGCUAAGUAGUCAAGAGAUUGACACAACCGCUAGCGGGGGAUCUGGGAACCUCAAGGAAGCCCAGCGUGAGUUGAAGCGGGUCCAGAAAGCAGCAUAUGCUGUUACGAGUAAGCUUCAAGAUGCCGAAACCCAGAUUGAGCAAAUCGAAGUAAAAAUCUCGAACCUUGCAAAGGAGAAAGCCCAGCAAGUGGAGCAACAAUCCGAGACCGCAAAGGCCAUCGAGAAAGCCCAGAAGAGGAUGGAGAAGAGUGUUGCAAAGAAGGCAUUAUUGACUUCAUCUGCUGCCGACUGCGCUAAGAACAUUCGCGACCUUGGAGUCCUUCCCGAUGAGGCUUUCGAGAAAUACUCCGACAAAGACUCGAAAUACAUUACCUCCAAGCUUAAGAAAGUCAAUGAUGCUCUUAAGAAAUACAAAGGCGUCAACAAGAAGGCGUUCGAGCAAUACAACAGCUUCACCUCCCAACGAGAUAGUUUGACGAAGCGAAGAAAGGAACUCGACGACGGCCUCACGUCUAUCCAAGAUCUUGUUGAAGUACUCGAUCAACGCAAAGAUGAAGCUAUCGAACGAACCUUCAAGCAAGUAUCCAAGGAGUUUGCAUCCAUCUUUGAGCGACUUGUGCCUGCUGGCCGUGGCCGUCUAGUCAUCCAACGCAAGACUGAUCAGCGCGCUCGAGAUGAGGAAGACUCUGAUGAAGAACCUCGGGAGAGUGUUGAGAACUAUACAGGUGUUGGCAUUAGCGUGUCUUUCAACAGCAAGCACGAUGAGCAACAACGUAUUCAACAGUUGAGCGGAGGUCAAAAGAGUUUGUGUGCCCUCGCACUGGUUUUCGCCAUCCAACAAUGCGAUCCAGCACCAUUCUACCUCUUCGAUGAAAUCGACGCAAAUCUUGAUGCCCAAUACCGAACCGCCGUUGCACAAAUGCUCGAAGAGAUCUCGGCUCAGCAGAGCAGCCAAAAUGCUGACAAUGGCGCUGGGGGUAUGAGCGGACAAUUCAUCUGCACGACUUUCAGACCGGAGAUGCUGCUCGUUGCGGAUAAGUGUUAUGGUGUCACGUUCCACAAUAAGACCAGUGGUAUCGAUGCUGUCAGCCGAGAGGAAGCUUUGAGAUUUGUGGAUGGUGAGGCGCCAAAGUAA